GGACUGUUUUGGCUGCGAACUAUAGAUUGGAAGCUCGACGAACUAGGCUGAAUCAGAGUGAGAGAAUGAAACGGACCUAGCGGCACUCUCUAGGAUCCCGCCAAAAUAAAUGGCGUAGAAUCUGACCUAAUCUAACAAGACAAUUCAUGAGGAAUAAGCCACCAAGCAGGUUAUUCAGAUACCGGGUCCAGUGAGCUUCUUGUCUGAGAAGGACUUCGUGGUUGACGUAACACGAUGACGAGGAUGACAUCGAAGGCUUGGAUGAUCGGUGUAGUGAUGACGGUGAUGGUGGUCAUUGAUGAAAGCAAUUCCCUGGACACUCAAAGUACAAUCGGAAAUGAUUUCGUAUUCGGGGUACCAUCAGCCUAUAUAUAUCGACAUCUUUAUUCCAAACGUGUCUUUCUUUCUUCACAAAGAGGUGAAACCGUCAAUGCUACAGUUGUCACUUCUGGAAGCAACUUCCGACACGAUGUCACUGUACCUGGCGAUCGUGAAAUAAGUAUAGAUCUACCAAGGUCCCUUACCUCUCGGGGUACUGGUUUGAAACAGAAUGUUGUAGGCAUAAGAUCCGAUGGUGACUUGAGUGUUCACGUCCAAAUAGAAGCACGUGUAAACUCGGGAGCCUUUACCCCUCUCCCCACCGGGAGUCUUGGAAACGAUUACAUCGUCGGUAUCUAUGAGCCAACGAAACUGAAGUUUACCAAAUACAAAGCAGGCUUCACCGUGACUGCAACCGAAGCUGGUGCUCGAAUACAAAUCAGGUUUAGUCAGUCAGUGGCUUUUGGUCACGUCUACUAUGGUCCCAAUGAUGUAUUUAAGUUUCAGCUUGAGGCAUACGAGUCCUUUCAGAUCAUGAGCGACAAGGACUUGACUGGUUCAAGAGUAAAGUCGGACAACCCAGUGGCAGUUGUGGCUGGAAGCGAGUGUUCGCGAGUCCCGAAGGGAGACAAGUAUUGCGACUAUCUGGUGGAGCAAAUGCCACCCGUGCAUACCCUAGGUAAACAGUUCAUCGUGGCACCGUUCAGGGACAGGGAAAGUAGCUACGUUCUACGAAUCAUCGCCCCUUUCAACGGAACCACAAUUUUGUUUUCAUCUCCCCAUGCAGAUGAUAUCAAUCUUGAUGAGAAUCAGCACCAUGAAUUCAUCUUUACACACCACGAUGUGCUAUCAUUCCGAUCAACUAAACCGGUCCUAGUUCUACAAUUCAUGAAAGGUUUUGCAAAAGAUUACGUCGGGGAUCCAUCUAUGGUCGUCAUCCCACCAGUAGAGCAAUUCAUCGUCGGGGAGUUGUCUCUCACAUCCAUGGACAAUGACCACGUCACCGUAGUGGUUUCAAAUUCUAACGCCGGGUUAUCAGGACUUUGGCUAAACGGUCGUCAUGUUGGUUCGGUUUCUCCAAGCUGGAGUGUCAUAGCAGAAAAUGGUAUGUCAGGGGUGUUUCAAGGAACCUUAAGAUCGGGUAGGCAUACCAUUGCCCACACUGAUCCUCAAGCAAGGUUGUUGGUGAUCGGUUAUGGUACUGGUUACCUGAGCGGUCGAGCGUUCCCAGUAGCCUAUAACCUGAAACGUCUGUAUGUCCCGAGUCCAGAAGCGUUGUACAUCCCUCCAACAGGUUAUCAAGUGCAAUGUUUCAAUACCUCAAUGUCAAUCACGCUGGAUCCAUCGGUGUUCCUCGUCCAUGAUCCUGAUCACGUGACCCUCAAUGACCCAUCCUGUCAACCAAUCAUCAACCAGGGAGGUUUCCUCGUUCUUAGUACACCCUUUGAUUCAUGUGACACUCGGGUACAGGAACAAGGGAACACUGUCGCAUUCACAAACACUCUCUGGUUCGCCGAGUCUGUCAUCACCCCUGUUUCUCCCCUCCGAGAAUUACAAUUCAAAUGCGAAUCAGCCCAGACGGGUAUUGGCAUCUCACCGCUCACCGGCGGUCAGCGGCAACCAAGCAGUCUGGUCUUGUCCGAUGCUAUCUUAGGUGACCUCUCCGUCAGUCUGGUCCAGUACUUGGAUGAUACAUUUGGGUCAAACACAGGCAAUGCUUCGUCAGGGACAGACCUCUGGGGCACGUGGAAUCAAGGGGCUCCGCCAGGACAGAACGUCUUUGUGGUUAAUGUGACAUCUUCUGUAGAUGCCAGUGUGUUCGUUGAUUCUUGCUGGACCACCCAAGGACCAGAAGCUCAAGAUCAAGAGAGUACUACCCCUCUCAUCCAAGAUGGCUGUGAGAUUGAUGAUACCAUUCACAUAGGAGCUUCAGCGGAUGAUCCAAGAUUCAGGCCGAUAGCGAUCGAUUCUUUCAGUGCAAUUGGGGAGUACAAUGAGGUAUUCAUGCACUGUCGUGUCCAGGUGUGCCGUGGCCAGGACUCCGCAGCUCACUGCUGGCAAGAGUGCAGACGAGAACCUCGUAAAAGACGAGAUAUCAGUGGAAUACGAGAAAUGGUUAUCGUUUCAACUGGACCAAUCAAGACCAAAUAAUGAUUUUAAUUAUCCAUUAAUCACUGACAGAUAAUUAGUCACAUUGGGGAUUAGUUUUAUGGAGACAGGAAGCUUAACCAUCAUGAUUGGCGCCAUUAUCUGGGGCCUCAUUGCACGAAGUUACAACUAUGGUAACUUUGCCAUCAUGGCAACUUCCACCAUGGUAACCUUGAUUGUGAUUGGCUACUGAAUGCUGUUACCAUGGUAGUUGCCAUAAUGGCAAAAUUACAAUUACAGUUGUAAUGCUUUAUGAAAUGGGCCCCUGGUGACUAAGAGUAUAGAUAAAUACGAAAUAUCAAUUUCUUCAAUAUUAAAAAAAAUAAACAAAAAGCCCCCCCCCCCCCCCCCCCCGGUAAGAGAAUACAUGUAUGUAAUCUGCAGGCACAGAGCCUGAUUGAAAGUUUAAUCAACACAUGGGCUUUGAGAAAAGUGUAGCACAUCUGAUGCCACAUAAUACACCAUUUACUUCAUCCCAUGCUAGACUUAAAAGCAAGAAUACUUUAAUGUGUUUUGACAAAGGGUGUGUGCCUUCAAGCUAGAUUUUGGUUCCGUCAAGGAUAUAAAAGUUCUGAUGAACAUUUGGGUCACGAAUGCUCUUUGUAUCCCUUGUCUUACAUGAAGUUAUUUGAAUUGAGGUCUGUACAUACCAAUUUGAUGGGAAUUAGCCUUCUAUUGCCUAUGCUAUAACCACAGUGUCUCUGUAAGCCGUAGGCCUUAGGUUAUAUCAAAAUAUUUAGGGAUAAAGUGCCAAGUCAUAUGGUAUGAAGGGACUCUGCAAUAAUGGUAUCACAAAAAGGGCUUAUUAAGAACCAGGCAUCAUAUUUGUAUACACAGCCACUGAUAUUACUGCAUAUAUGUAAAAUAACAUGACAAAGCUAAUGAUUAUACAUGCAAAACUAUACAAAGCUGAUGGGGGAUUUCUUUGUUAGAUGAGAUAUGUUCGUAGAAUAAUUUUUGUGUUAUAUACAUGUAUAUUAAAAAUAUGACUUAUUUAUGGCAAAUUUACGAAUGAUGCAUCAAUAAAUAAAGCCCAUGAUCUUUAA